AUGUGUGAGGAACGGGUGCAACGCUUCCUGGGCAAUGAAUCGCACAAAGACCACUUCAAGCUGCUGGAGAAGGACCACAACUCGCUCCUCGUAGGAGCUAGGAACAUCGUCUACAAUAUCAGCCUUCGAGACCUCACAGAAUUCACCGAGCAGAGGAUCGAGUGGCACUCGUCAGGUGCCCAUCGCGAGCUCUGCUACCUCAAGGGGAAGUCAGAGGACGACUGCCAGAACUACAUCCGAGUCCUGGCGAAAAUUGACGAUGACCGCGUACUCAUCUGCGGUACGAACGCCUAUAAGCCACUAUGUCGGCACUACGCCCUCAAGGAUGGAGAUUAUGUUGUAGAGAAAGAAUAUGAGGGAAGAGGAUUGUGCCCAUUUGACCCUGACCACAACAGCACUGCAAUAUACAGUGAGGGACAAUUGUACUCAGCAACAGUGGCAGACUUCUCUGGAACUGACCCUCUCAUAUACCGCGGCCCUCUAAGAACAGAGAGAUCUGACCUCAAACAAUUAAAUGCUCCUAACUUUGUCAACACAAUGGAGUACAAUGAUUUUAUAUUCUUCUUCUUCCGAGAGACUGCUGUUGAGUACAUCAACUGUGGAAAGGCUAUCUAUUCAAGAGUUGCCAGAGUCUGUAAACAUGACAAGGGCGGCCCUCAUCAGUUUGGUGACAGAUGGACUUCUUUUUUGAAAUCACGUCUGAACUGUUCCGUCCCUGGAGAUUAUCCAUUUUACUUCAAUGAAAUUCAGUCAACAAGUGACAUCAUUGAAGGAAAUUAUGGUGGUCAAGUGGAGAAACUCAUCUACGGUGUCUUCACGACACCAGUGAACUCUAUUGGUGGCUCUGCUGUUUGUGCCUUCAGUAUGAAGUCAAUACUUGAGUCAUUUGAUGGUCCAUUUAAAGAGCAGGAAACGAUGAACUCAAACUGGUUGGCAGUGCCAAGCCUUAAAGUGCCAGAACCAAGGCCUGGACAAUGUGUGAAUGACAGUCGUACACUUCCUGAUGUGUCUGUCAAUUUUGUAAAGUCACAUACACUGAUGGAUGAGGCCGUGCCAGCAUUUUUUACUCGGCCAAUUCUCAUUCGGAUCAGCUUACAGUACAGAUUUACAAAAAUAGCUGUUGAUCAACAAGUCCGAACACCAGAUGGGAAAGCGUAUGAUGUCCUGUUUAUAGGAACUGAUGAUGGCAAAGUGAUAAAAGCUUUGAACUCUGCCUCCUUUGAUUCAUCUGAUACUGUAGAUAGUGUUGUAAUAGAAGAACUGCAAGUGUUGCCACCUGGAGUACCUGUUAAGAACCUGUAUGUGGUGCGAAUGGAUGGGGAUGAUAGCAAGCUGGUGGUUGUGUCUGAUGAUGAGAUUCUGGCAAUUAAGCUUCAUCGUUGUGGCUCAGAUAAAAUAACAAAUUGUCGAGAAUGUGUGUCCUUGCAAGAUCCUUACUGUGCAUGGGACAAUGUAGAAUUAAAAUGCACAGCUGUAGGUUCACCAGACUGGAGUGCUGGAAAAAAACGCUUUAUUCAGAACAUUUCACUCGGUGAACAUAAAGCUUGUGGUGGACGUCCACAAACAGAAAUCGUUGCUUCUCCUGUACCAACUCAGCCGACGACAAAAUCUAGUGAUGAGGGCACAACGUGUCCACCCUGUUCGUGUGUGUGUCCCAGCAGUAGCUCUGCAGAAAGGCUGGACGCAGCCGCUGGCGAUCCCGUUCAUUCAAUCCACCAGGCUGAAUUUGAACCUGAAAUUGACAACGAGAUUGUUAUUGGAGUAGAUGACAGCAACGUCAUUCCUAAUACCCUGGCUGAAAUAAAUCAUGCAGGUUCAAAGCUGCCUUCCUCCCAGGAAAAGUUGCCUAUUUAUACAGCGGAGACUCUGACUAUUGCUAUAGUUACAUCAUGCCUUGGAGCUCUAGUUGUUGGCUUCAUCUCUGGAUUUCUUUUUUCUCGGCGAUGCAGGGGAGAGGAUUACACAGACAUGCCUUUUCCAGAUCAACGCCAUCAGCUAAAUAGGCUCACUGAGGCUGGUCUGAAUGCAGACUCACCCUAUCUUCCACCCUGUGCCAAUAACAAGGCAGCCAUAAAUCUUGUGCUCAAUGUCCCACCAAAGAAUGCAAAUGGAAAAAAUGCCAACUCUUCAGCUGAAAACAAACCAAUACAGAAAGUAAAAAAGACAUACAUUUAGCAGAAAUCUUUGGUAUCUGUUUUGGUGCAGACCCAUGCCACUAGAGUAACCAAGACUCUAUUGAGAAAUGUCCUCAAGAAAGUUAAAAAGAUGUAGACUUCUGUAAUCGAGAGCACCACUUUCCAUAGUAAUACAGAACAAUAUGAAAUAAAUACUACAGAAGAAGUCUUUGUUACACAAAAAAGUGUAUAGUGAUCUGUGAUCAGUUUCUGCUAGUGGUGAUUGUGGUUGUGGGAACAGAUGUGCGAUUUUUUUAAAGAUGAACUUGACAAAGCAGGAAAUGAAGACUAGUUUUUAGAAUUGAUCAGUGGCACUAUUAUCCUAGAGAUGAAUUGCAAGAAACUUAACAAAGGCAGCUAUUUGUAGGAGGUUAUAAAAGCAAGUUCAUGAUUUACCUACAUUGUUCUAAAUUAGCUACUCUAAUGUCAGAUGGAAGUUUAAUACAUUCCACUCAGAAUCACAGAGCUUUUGUAGCAAAGAUUGCCUUACAUGUAUGUGGUAUGGUAAAUUAUGAAACUUUCAUAUGUUGCAUCUAAGUGACUCUAAUAGGAGUGCUUAAACGUCGGUGCUGAAUAGUCAGCAGAUAAAAACUUUGUGCUUUCUAAAAUAGGCACAUUGAUAACCAAGAGAAAAUCUUAAGACAUGGAGUCAGGUGUAUAAAAUGCAGAGUUUCAGAAACCUGCCACAAACUAUAAUUUUUGUGAAGCACUACCCAAUAGAAUUUAGAUAAGAAAAGCUCAGAAUUAUGUAUAUUUCAGUGCAGUGAAUACUCUGUUAGACUUGAAAAUGGGACAUUUUAUUCUCCUGACUGCAUCACGUUAAACAAAUGUCAACCCACCCAAAACUUCCAGUAUUGUUUAAUGUGCAUAUAGUUUAAUCCGGCCUGUACAAAUUAGUGCUAAGAAUCUCUGUUUCAUGUAUUAGUUCAAUCUCCAUGCUACAUGUGCUACAUUAUAAAUGUGAAAAGACUGAGAGCUGGAAAAUAUUAUUUGUAUAUAAUUGAAUGUACAUAUUUAAGUGACACAUUGUUAAUAUUACAUUAAUAAGAAUCCAGUGGCACUGAUUCUGUGAGAAACCAUCAGUGUGUGUUUUGAGGCUUUUGUGUCAGCACUUUGAGGCAAUGUCUUUGCCAUCAGAACUUAGAAAAGACAUCAAAAAGAGUCUUUUCAAGGAUUGUGCAUGCCAGAAAUGAUGAUUUCAUGCAUGCAUGAGAGAUUUUUGGUCAGAUAUCCUUAACUCAUUGCAGUAUAUUUGUAAACAACCUGACAAUAUGAAGUUAAUGAUAUGCAAUGUUUUGGCGCAAUUGUGUGGAUAUUUUUAUAUAACUGUAUGUUAUUAUGAUUGUUAAGUUGAAGAAAAUAAUAAUAUGAGACCAUAUUGUCAAUAUUUUGAUUCAUAUAGAACACUUUAAAUUUGCUUCAUUGUGCAUAGAAUUAUCAUUGUGGCAAGUGGAAGAAAAAUCAGCUCAGUUUUGGAUAGUAAUAGUUUCUUUUACUAUCAGUUUAUAUUGUUCAAAUAUGGCAGAAAAUCUUUCCCUCAUAUUGCAUUUGACACGUCUGUUGCAAUUUUUCUACACUUGUUUGUAAGUUUUAUUUUACAUGUCAGAGGGUAGUUAAUAAGUAGAUAUACUUUUCUCAAGUUUUGGAUUUUGCAAUAAUCUCACUGAAAUCAUGUAAGCAAUUCCUGUGUGGAAUGAUGUAUAUGAAAUACAACUUUGUUAAUGUACUGAGAACCUCAUUGCCAUCAGCAGUGUUAAGUUUCAUUAAGAGUCAGGAACCAUUGCUGACAGCAAUAAAUUAGUGCUUAUGUUUUUGUGCCUAUUCCGUGAUGGCUUUUUAAAUGCCAGUAAAUGUCAUAUAAUAUAGUGUCAGAAAUCUUUUUAUGGGUGUAUGGUUUCUUAGUGGUUAACCGUUCUUUAUUUUUAAAUGAUGAAAACUCUUAAGCUCGUAAGUGGGUAAGAGAGACGAACACAACUGCAGCAGUUAAACUCGUAGAAUAUUAAAUUUCAGUUAAGGUAUGAUACAGGUAUAAUUGUUUUGUAAUUCGAUUAUUGUCAAAUGAGACUCUACCAUAACUUGUCACACAUACUUCUGAGACCUCAGUAAACACUUCAACUAACACUGUAAUGCUUUCUGUGCUUUAUUAUUAUGGCUAUUGUGACUGUAGAAGGGAAUAAGAUAACCUACUCCAGAACUGUUUUACUGAAGUUUUGAAUUUUGAUUUUAUUCAUAUUUUUGACUGGGUUGGUGAGCUUCAUUUCCUGCUUGUAAACUUCAUAAAGUGACUUUUAAAAAAUGUGAGCCCUGUUUGAUAACCUGUGUUAAUGUGAUCACAAGAAACUUGCAUAAGUGAUAGCUGACAUUGUUACAUAAUAAUUCAAUAUGAACCUUAGUGAGUGAGAUAUUGAAUAUGUCUAGCCACAAAUUUGAAAUCUUGAGAGUAUAACUUACUGAAAUAAGUGUUUAGCUCACAUCAUUUACAUUAUGACAUAAGAUGUAUUUAAAUCAUUUAUUGUUCGAUAUUUGGAAAAUGGAUGACUAGUUAAUAUGAUAUGUUUCACUUCAUAAACAUUCUGGAAGCAGGUUAUCUUCACGUAGUAUUAAGUGAUAUUACAACACAAGCUUUAUGCCACAUACUUGUUAUAUCACAGCUGGUAUUUCUAUUUUCAUUAGUCAUACUAUUAUGUUUUGAUUCAAUGCAGAUAUUUGUUUAUACAAAAAUUUAUUUUAAAUAACUUAAUCUGCAGUAAACAUAGAACUAAAUUAUAAGAAUAAGUCAUAAUUCUGUCAUUAAAUAGCAGAUCUUGUGACUGUGGUACAGUCAAAUCGCACAGACAUGAAAUAUGUAUUUCUUGGUUUGAAGACAGAUCAGGAUUACAGAAAAUGUGCACAGUAAGAAAUAAAAUAUGCAGAAUGAGAAGUUUGUUUACAUUAUAUCAGUAGUUAAGAUGCUGAAACAGUAUAUAUUCUAAAAAAAUACAACUCAUGUAUCUUAUAACUGUAAAAAGUCUUGUUUUUGAUAUUAAAAUAUAAAUUACAAAAACAGUGGUUUGUGGCUGAUUAAGAUCCAGUGGAGAUUUCAUUGCUGAGUUUUUUUAAUGUGCAAGACAAUGAAGUGAUUUGCAGAGUAUAAUUAACAGAUUAUGAUGUAAACAUUCUAAAUAAUUCCUCUAAUUUUUACCUGGAAUUCACUGAGAAAUACUUUCCUUUGAGCAGUGUAUAAAAUGCCCAUCUCUUUGAAAUGUCUCGGUGACAAAUUUCAGACUAAGAUUUAAAUAAAACUUGCUUAUAUUUAGAACUUUCCUGGCACAGAUAUUCAAUACUAUUUCUAUUUUCCUAUGCUUAAUACUUACAUUAAAUUAAAACAAAAUGAUGAUUGGUCAGAUGUGUAGCAAAACUGUAUUAAUUUGAGGUUUUGUAUAUGAAUGUUAUAACAAUAUUGCAAUUUAUUAAAUUUAUAUGAAGGAGAAUGAAAAUGAAUAAAACAAACUAUCUUUGA